AUGGCGACUCCGGCCCACUGCGCCUACUGCUUUGAGAUCCUAAUUGCCGACCUCGAAGAUCGGGAGCCGCUCGAAUACCGGCAGGUCCUCGAUCUGUGGACUCAAUACGAAGCGCUCACCAAAUCCAAGGCUACCGAAAUUGAAGAAGACGAUGAGGAUGACCACGACCCUGAUCUACAGGGCCGAGACGACUUGGAAGAGGAUAGCGAGAUGGACGGGUUAGAAGAGGCCGACGAAGACGAGGACGGAGAAGACGACGCGCCCCCAGAAGAACUUGCCCAACAUGCACCCUCGAAACUGUCCCUCCCCAGCAUAUCCCGCCUGCAAGCCUCCUCCCCCGCCUCGGCCUCCUCCGCUUCUUCCACCCCGUCCUCCCUCUCCACAACUUCCUCCAACGCAGCUUUAGACACCACCUCGAAAUCCUCUUCCAAGACCUCUUUCUUCAGCUUCGGCAGUCGGCGCUCACAGCAACCAUCACCUGCCCCGCCGCCUAAAGAAGAAGAGCACCCCUUGUUUGUGACAUGGAACACGAUAUCACCACGGAGUGGGAACAAAAGCCUCCGGGGAUGCAUUGGCACGUUUGAAGCGCAGGAGCUGGAGGCUGGGUUGAGGGGGUACGCUUUGACCGCUGCAUUCGACGACCACCGCUUCCCCUCCGUCUCUCUUCCCGAACUUCCCACCCUCUCCACCUCCAUUACCCUCCUCACAAACUUCACCCCAGCCUCGCACCCCCUCGACUGGACCCUCGGCACCCACGGUAUCCGCAUUUCCUUCUCCCACCACGGCAAACGCUACAGCGCAACUUAUCUGCCCGACGUGGCCGUCGAGCAGGGUUGGAGCAAGGAAGAGACGAUUGUGAGUUUGAUGCGGAAGGCGGGCUGGAAGGGGAGGAGUGGUGAGUGGAGGGAUGUCAAAGGGUUAGGGGUUGUGACGUAUGAGGGGAAGAAGGCGAGUCUGGGGUGGGCGGAGUGGAGGGGAUGGAGGACUUGGGUGGAGGGGUUGAGGAACUGA